UGCCGCCUACAGGCUCAAACCGACACAACAACGUCAGCCUCCGCUCAGUUGCGCAGUUUAUAUUGGUAACGGAAGGUGACUGCGCAACAUUGCUAAAAUUGGUCUUUUGCAUAAGCUCCUAAAAGGAUUUCAAGCGCGAGUAUGGCGUCAAAUGAUUAUGCCCAAACCUCAGGCCAUGGUGAAUUUGUUGUGCCCAGUUAUGGUGGUUAUGGAGGACAGUCUAGCCAGAGUUACAGUCAGCCCUCUGGCCAAAAUUACAGCCAGCAGAGCUAUGGAGGAUACAGCCAAAACUCAGAGAGCAGCUCUACUUAUAGUCAGGGUGGAUAUGGUUCCAGCUAUGGACAGUCCCAAUCAGGAGGAUAUGGGUCUCAGCCCCCCUCUCAGGGCUAUAGUCAGUCCAGUCAGUCAUACAGCUCUGGAGGAUACAGUAGCAGCAGCCAGCCUCCACCAGCUCAAAGUGGAGGCUACACCCAGCAGUCUUCUUUUUCGGGCUAUAACCAGCAUCAGUCUACUCCUCCAUCUGCCUCUAGCAACUAUGGCAGCACCUCCCAGCCAUCUGGCUAUGGUCAGCAGCAGCAGCAGGGUGGGAGUGGCUACGGUGGCAGUGGGGCUCAGUCUGGAGGAUAUGGGAGCACUGAAGGACAGAGUGGUGGAUACGGGAGUAGUGGGGGACAACACCAGUCCUCUCAGCAUGGAGGAGGGCCUUACAACCAAUCUCCCAACUACAGCUCUCCUCCACCUCAAAACUAUGGGCAACAAAGUCAGUACGGACAGGGAGGUUACAACCAGGAUACCCCCCCAAUGAGUGGAGGUGGAGGAGGAGGCUAUGGUGGUCAGGAUGGCGGAUAUAGCCAGGAUGGUAGAGGUGGACGUGGUCGCGGAGGUGGAGGUGGCUUUGGAGGUCGAGGAGCGGGUGGGUUUGACAGAGGUGGUCGUGGAGGACCCCGUGGCAGAGGAGGAAUGGGAAUGGGCGACCGUGGAGGAUUCAAUAAGUUUGGUGGGCCCAGGGAUCAUGGAGCUGGUGGGCCCAACAUGCAAGAGCAGGAUAACUCUGACAACAACACCAUCUUUGUGCAAGGUCUUGGAGACGACUAUACAGUGGAUUCAGUAGCAGAUUUCUUCAAACAGAUCGGCAUCAUCAAGGUCAAUAAGAAAACAGGAUUACCUAUGAUAAAUCUGUACACAGACAGAGAGACAGGGAAGCUUAAAGGAGAGGCUACUGUUUCCUUUGAUGACCCUCCUUCUGCAAAAGCAGCCAUUGAUUGGUUUGAUGGUAAAGAUUUUAAUGGCAAUCCUAUAAAGGUGUCCUUCGCUACUCGCAGAGCUGAAUUUGGACGUGGCGGCGGCGGUGGCGGCGGCGGCAUGAGAGGCGGUCGUGGUCGAGGAGGGCCAAUGGGCCGUGGGGGAUUUGGGGGAGGAAGAGGUGGUGGUGGUGGUGGUUUCCCAGGCAACAAUGGUGGCGGUGGAGGUGGUGGCCAGCAAAGAGCAGGAGACUGGAAAUGUUCAAACCCAACUUGUGGCAAUUUGAACUUCUCAUGGCGAAAUGAGUGUAAUCAGUGCAAAGCUCCCAAACCGGAAGGUAGUGGAGGAGGAAUGCCACCGAUGGGAGGUGGUUUUGGUGGAGACAGGGGCAGAGGCGGUUUUGAUCGAGGUGGUUUCCGCGGUCGUGGUGGCGAUCGAGGAGGCUUCAGAGGAGGGAGGGGAGGUGACCGGGGAGGAUUUGGACCCGGCAAAAUGGACUCAAGGGGUGAACACAGACAUGACCGCAGAGAACGGCCUUACUAAUGGAAAAUUCUCUUUUGUCCAAAUAAGACUCUAACUCAAUGUGGGACCAGUAUUCACUCCACUUCAACAUGUGUUUCCUUGUUGCUCAUGUUUUGUGUUGUGUGUUGUUUUUGUUUUAGUUUUGGUAAGAUUAUGUUUUUGUAUUAUUCUCUCUAGAUUCUGAUAUUCUUAAUCAUGAAAUUUUGUGUUUUUCCUUUCUGAAUUUGCUGGUGUUUAGGUCACAGUUGUGACGUUUGUGCAAUUUAUUAAAUGUACUUUCGUUGAUAUUUUUGAAAACUGUGGUUUAAAAUUAAAAAAUGUUUGAAAAAUA